AUGACGUUCUUAAUGCUGGUCCUCUUGGCGUAUCUUGGCUCUGCCCAUAGGUAUCUUGGCUCUGCCCUUGCACAGGCGGAGACCAACCUAGCUGUACGUAAACCAACUAGCGCCAGUACAAGAUGUGAUAGAUGUUCGCUGUCAGAUCCCGCACAUGUCGUUGAUGGUUCCCAUUCUGCGAGGUUUCCAGAGGCUACAUGCUUCAACACUGAAGUUCGUGACCUGCAUCCCUGGUGGCAGGUAGAUCUGCAACACACGUAUCUAAUUACCAACGUGUUCAUCGUGAGCAGCGAUAGGUACGGUGAGACGUACUACCAAGGCAAGCAUCGCACGUGGGCUGCUGAGUCAGUGGCCACCUACAAGAUGACCAGGAUCCAGUGUGCAGUGAUCUGUGGCUGGACUCCCCGCUGUAGCAGCUUUAACACGCCCCUGAAAGAUGAUGGCUCAUACUGCGAGAUCCUGCACAAAGUGGUCGGACAGAAGGGCAAGAAACUUAUGGGGUGGAAACGUAUCAGAUUGAUGCCAUGAGCCGUUUUAACAACAUCUUUUCAAUUCCAAGAACUUUUGAACAAAGCAAAGAUGUAUUUUCUCUAACCUUUCUAAAUGAUUUGUCUGUAUAUUCGAGGUCAAGAAAUCAUUUCGUGCGUCUUUCAAACAGAAAUGUAUAUGUGAGACUAGAUGGGAGUUAGUGCAGCACAGCUUGUGAAUAAAUGUUACUGAAUCCG